ACACCCAUCGCCAUCACAGAGAGCACCUCCUCCUCCCCCCUCUGUAGCCAGCACCCGGCACAGUAGCCACCGUCCCGCGGCUGCUAGCCUUGCUAGCCUCCGACCCCCGACCGCCGCUCGAGCCAUGACGUUCUCCACCGACGAGGCGGUCACCGCCGUGGCGGCGCCGGCGCCGGCGGGCCUGCAUUUCACGCCGUUCCAGACGACCAAGGGCGCCGCCCGUGACUGCAAGAAGCUCGCAGCCGUGCACGUGGACCGCGCCGCCCCCGGUUCCAUCGUGGGCGGCUCCUUGUUCGAGACCAUGAAGGCCUCCUCGCCGCGCCGCGCCGCCGACGCCGAGCACGGCGACUGGAUGGAGAAGCACCCGUCGGCAUUGACGUGGUUCGAAGCGGCGCUCGGCGCGGCCAAGGGGAAGCAGAUCGUGAUGUUCCUGGACUACGACGGCACCCUGUCGCCGAUCGUCGAGGACCCCGACCGCGCCGUCAUGUCCGAGGAGAUGAGAGAUGCCGUGCGUCGUGUCGCGGAGCACUUCCCCACCGCGAUCGUCAGCGGGAGAUGCAGGGACAAGGUGUUUAACUUCGUGAAGCUGACGGAGCUGUACUACGCCGGGAGUCAUGGCAUGGACAUCGUGGGCCCCGCCAAGCAGUCCAACAAGCACGUCCAGGCAAAUGCCGAAGAAGCGGUUCACUACCAAGCGGGGAGUGAGUUCCUGCCUGUCAUCGAGGAGGUGUACCGCACGCUGACGGCCAGGAUGGAGGCCAUCGCCGGCGCCAGGGUGGAGCACAACAAGUUCUGCCUCUCCGUCCACUUCCGCUGCGUCGUGGAGGAGGAAUGGAAUGCCGUGGAGGAGGAGGUCAGGUCGGUGCUCAAGGAGUACCCCGACGUCCUCAAGCUCACUCAUGGCAGAAAGGUCCUGGAGAUUCGCCCGUCCAUCAAGUGGGACAAGGGCAAGGCCCUCGAGUUCCUGCUCGAGUCUCUCGGCUAUGCUGGGCGUAACGACGUCUUCCCGAUUUACAUUGGAGAUGAUCGCACCGACGAGGACGCCUUCAAGGUGCUGCGCGGCAUGGGGCAGGGCAUCGGAAUCCUGGUGUCCAAGUUCCCCAAGGAGACGGCGGCUUCCUACUCGCUCCGCGACCCAGUUGAGGUCAAGGAGUUCCUUGGCAAGAUGGUGGAGCCCAAUGGCGACGGGCCAGUGAAGGCGGCCUAGUGCCUGCCAACCAUUAGCUCAGUGAAUCAGACAUGGAUGGGGUGGUGGAUGAUGGCGAGCAAGGAGCCUAUCUUUGGUUGCUUUAAUUUCUUUUUUGCUGCUCUAUGCAUGGAUCGAUAGUAGUAGUCGCUCUACAUAUAUACCGUCCCUAGUAGAACUUUGCACGCAUGGCCGAUAUAUCUGGCCGUGCGAUGGAGAAAACCUAGCUGCAUCUGCAUGCUAGGGCCUUGUCCGGGCAAGGUCUUGUAAUUAGCCUUUGGUUCCAGUGACAGCAGAAAUGCGUAUGCAUGGCAGGGGGAGAGGAAAACAAGAAACCAAACUCCUUUUCCUCUACA